CGGGUCUGAGUCUCCGUCCGGAUCGGGGCGCUGCCGGCAGCCCUUGCAUGGGCUUUCCUUUGCUGGAGAUCGCGACCCCUUCCCCCGGGGGCUCCGCUUUUACACCGUUUUAGGGUUCCAGCCAUGCAGGCGCAAGGCAAGGAUUUGGGCUCGCUCGCCUGCUGCCUUUAGGGUUAACCCGCCUCGCCCCCCUCCCAGUGGGAGCGGACAGUCCAAGCAGCGAGAGGAUUGCCUGCCGGAGUUGUUCACCUGUCCACGGAGGGGCCUUGGAUGCUGCAAAGCGCUCCUCUUGGCUAUGGGAUCCUACCUGAUUUAUCACAGUCUGGGGCUGCUCGUUUGCUGCUCCGUCCUAAGUUCAGUCUACGCACUGGUGGAUGCUGAUGAUGUGUUGACAAAAGAGGAGCAGAUUUUCCUGCUGCUAAAAGCCAAGGCCAGAUGUGAGCGGCACUUGAAAGCCAGAGGACCCAAGGGACAAGAUGGAUUCUGCGUCUCUGAGUGGGACAACCUCAUCUGUUGGCCGGAAAGUGCCCCAGGAGAGCUGGUGUCCAUGCCAUGCCCAGAUUACAUCUUCGACUUCAACCAUGACGGCCAUGCCUACCGUCAGUGUGACCUGAACGGGACGUGGGUGCUGGUACCCAGCAAGAAUCGUACCUGGGCCAGCUACAGCGAGUGCGCCAAGUUCCUCAACAUCGACACCAGGGAAAAGGAAAUCUUCCAUCGACUCUUUUUGAUUUACACUGUUGGUUAUUCCAUCUCGUUGGGGUCCCUGACGAUCGCCGUUCUUAUCUUAGGCUAUUUCAGGCGUCUGCACUGCACCCGGAAUUACAUCCACAUGCACCUGUUCGUUUCCUUCAUGCUUCGAGCCAUCAGCAUCUUCGUGAAGGAUGCGGUCCUCUACUCCGGCUCCGCACUGGAGGAGAUGGAACGGAUCUCCGAGGAGGACUUCAAGUCCAUCGCUGACGAACCGCUGGUGGACAAGUCCUCGCUGGUGGGCUGCAAGAUGGCCGUGACCCUGUUCCUUUACUUCUUGGCCACCAACUACUACUGGAUUCUGGUGGAAGGCCUGUACCUGCACAGCCUGAUCUUCAUGGCGUUCUUCUCCGAGAAGAAGUACCUCUGGGGGUUCAUGCUGUUCGGCUGGGGACUUCCUGUCGUGUUUGUCACAGUUUGGGCCACUCUAAGGGCAACCUUAGCAGACAGCGGGUGCUGGGAUCUGAGUGCCGGCUAUUUCAAGUGGAUCGUCCAGGUGCCCAUCCUUGCAGCCAUGCUGGCAAACUUCAUUCUCUUCCUCAAAAUCAUCAGAGUCCUAGCAACCAAACUCCGAGAGACAAACGCAGGGAGAUGCGACACGAGGCAACAGUACAGGAAGCUGCUGAAAUCGACUCUGGUCCUUAUGCCUCUCUUUGGAGUUCAUUAUGUAGUUUUUAUGGCUAUGCCAUACACGGAAAUAUCAGGGAUCCUUUGGCAAAUUCAGAUGCACUAUGAAAUGCUCUUCAACUCUUUCCAGGGAUUUUUUGUCGCCAUUAUCUAUUGUUUCUGCAACGGGGAGGUCCAAGCAGAAAUAAAGAAGUCCUGGAGCAGGUGGACGCUAGCGCUGGACUUUAAAAGGAAGGCUCGCAGCGGGAGCACCACCUACAGCUACGGGCCGAUGGUGUCCCACACCAGCGUCACCAACGUCACCAGCAGAGGGGGAAUCGCCCUCCAUCUCAACACAAAGCUCAUUCCAGGUGCCCUCAAUGGACAUCGGAGCUUGCCCGGCUACGUCAAGAACGGCUCCAUUUCAGAGAAUUCCAUGCCUUCUUCUGGGCCAGAACAAUACAACAAAGACGAGGAGCACCUCAACGGAUCGGGACUCUACAGCGGAGACAGGCCGAUGGGGCUGGUGGAAGAAGAGAAGGAGACCGUGAUGUGAAUGGAAAAGCAGCUGGGCAGUUAUCCAAGUGUGCCCCAAGACUGAAGGGAAGGGUAGAGUGCUGUUUGUGGAGGCCUAGAUGAAGGCGUCAAAGCAAGGAUAAGCUGAAGAUGGACCACCAGAGGUGCCAGAUUUCAGCUUUCAGAAGCCCCUGCGAGCCUGGCCCUUGGUCAGGAAUCUGGGGAGAUGAAGCCCAGCGUAUUCGGAGACCUAUCCUCUGCACUCCCUUCUGAUCGAGCUGCCUCAGCUGUUUCCACUGCUGCGGACCAACUCCUCCACUGAGAUGGUGCUCUUGCUGCUGCUGGCCACUGCAUCCCGGAGAGGCCCUGCUGGAAUCUUUUGAGCACGGGAAGCGGCCAACGCCAACGCGGAAGAGAGGCAUUAGGGUGUCACGCCAGCGUGGUAGCCUAAGCCUCCACCCAGGUCGCCCGACAUUUGCACUGGCCCCUUCCGCCUCCCCCAAAACCAUCAGCUUGCACUUCCUUACCUCUCCUGUUUCAGCAGCGUUGAGGGCUGGCCCACCAGGCCCCUGUAGAAGAUGCCCGUGGUCCACCAGUGUAAGGUGAAGACCCUCUGAGGCAGGUCCACGUCCUCCCAUGCGGCUGAAGAUGGGGGGACGCCCGGUGCCAGGAAGGUCAUCACUCUCCCCAGCCACACCAGGGAACUUGCUGCUUCCACAACUGUGUCGAAGCACCCACACAACCCCGCCUGGUCGUGUUGACACCGUCCAUGAAAACAGCGGGGUGGGUUGACCCUCACGCUCUUCCUUAAAUUCCAGGCAUGAGGACGCAGAGAUCUGUGUCUGACUUGCUCUCGCUGCCCAGCGGUAACCAGCGUGCCUAGGAAUCUGCCCCACUCCUUCUAAUUUGCUUUACUCCUGGGACAUCUGUGUAGGAUCGCAGCUGUUCUUUGGAGGCCUGAAGGCUUGUGUUCAAAAUCCCCCUGCUCUUAUGCCAAGGGGCAUCGCUUCCCCCUCAAAAGAAUCCAGUGUGUUGUAAAAUCUGCGUUGGAGAUCCCUCGACAGCAGGAUGAAACCCGUUCCGGCCCUUCGGGGAGCUGAAUGCCUCAGGGACAAGCCUUUUCCGCCUUCCCCUUUUGCAGGCGAGCUCAACUCCAGGGGUGGAGGAGCUCUUUGCUGAGCGAGGACUUUGGUGUGGCGCCAGCAACGACGACAACUGCUCUCGACAGAGCUGCUCGGGGAUCGCUUCUCGUCAGCCCGUGCUCCCUUUGCUUUGCCCCCCUCAAAGGAUGUGUUGCGGGAGCCUCCCGGCAUCCCAAACGCUCCCAGAGUGCCUUGCGGGAGGAUAUGACAGUUCGUGUUCAUUUGAAACACUUUGCAUAGGCUGAAUGCUUAUGCCGCCUUUGAUGGCUCGGAGUGGCCCUAAGGAUGGAAGUUUGGAAUAACCGGUUCUGGCCCACGAGGCGAUUCGCAAGCCAUUUCCGAACGAAACCGGAGGCACUCGGGGCUACGGAGGGGCAUAUACUCUGCCAUUUUUUUAAAAAUCAACACCAAGAAAAGCUUGGAUUUUGCGACUGAUAUAAAUUAUUCUGAUUUGCACAGUUGAUCUUUUGCAUAAUUUAUUCCACAGUUUUACUAUUAGAAUAAUUUCUGCUGCUUCAGCUAAUCACCGGGCACUGAAGGCCGGCCUGCCCUCUCCCCUGACCGCUUGCGACCUUAUUCAGUCUUCGGAGAAUUCACCACGUCUUGCCCACACAUCCUCAGGCAUUACGCCAAAGACAUGUGGACUAGGAACUUGUUCUUUUCAGAUACAGAGGGGAAAAAAGAAAGUUGAAUUCCGCAGCUGGUAGCAUAUCCCUGCUUUCUGUUAAAUGUGUUAAAACGAGUCCUGUACUUCUAAAGGAGGUAACUGGUAUUUUACUGAGGCAGCUGAAGGAAAAGGUUAGAGGGGACUCGGAGGGGCAUUGGGUGGUCAGCCUUCCUUGAGAAUUCCCCAGUUCCAUUUUAUGAAGUGUUAUGUCUCCUCUCACACAAUCGCCCGCGUGGAAGGCUUGUGUAAAGUCGGGGCAGCUCGCACCAAAGCCAUGAUGCGAAGUGAGCCAGUCUUUUGAAGUCUAGCUUAACUCCCAUACCUCCCGGUUUUCCCCUCCAUGCUUCUCUGGGGGGGGGCACAGGGGCCCGGAGCGCCCCCACUGGAAGUUCCCGCUUCCCGCAGAUCGUGGCAGUUGGCCUGGAAAUCCACAGGCAACGCGAGCAGAGGCUUCCAGAAGGCCGAGUCUGCAUCCCAGCCAUUCUUGGCUUCAGCGGAGGACCAGCUGGCCGUGUUUGAUGGUACAGCCCUACCCUGACCACGUGCUACCUCGGAGUGUCAGUUCUGACAUGCCCCUUCUCCCCACCCCAUUCAUGGAAAUACGCCUGCAACUCUUUCUUGUGCUGAAAAUCAGGAGGCUAGAAGGCGGCAGAGCUGGGCCUCCUCGUGAGCCAGGUGCUAAGCAGCAUCCAGAAUAAUUCUCUGGAGAGCACCUGUCCGCAGACACCUGCAGAGACCCAUGUGGGGAGGGGGGGUUUCCCCAGUUGGGGCAGCCUCCGUUUAAGUGCAAACAACAACAUUUGUGCUGUGUACACCACAAGUUCGAAUCAAGGCCAGCCUGCUUUGCUCUCAGCACUCCCAGCUAGAGAAAAUCAGGAUCCACCUGAAGGGGCACGUGUGUUUGAACCCUCCUGGGACCUCGGAUGGAAAACUAUGAAUGGGGGGGGGAUCUGUACCCUUAAUUUAGUUUCCAUGUUCAUUAACAUAAACAUCAACAUUAAAAAAAAACAAUGAGUUGUUUCCUUACGUUAAUUAUUGCUGCCCCCCCCCCCCCAACAUCUUCUGCAUGCAAGGAACCCGAGGCAGCUGCCUGGGCAUCCUCUCCAGUUUAUCUUCACAACAACCCUGUGAGGUAGGCACGACUGAGUCGGUGGCUUGCCCAGAGUCGCUCAAGAGAGCCUCCCUGGAACCCAGGUCCACAGUUCUGCACUCUCAGCGCUUCAGCCCUUUGCCAGAUGGGCGGCACCGUCAAGUGCACCCUCCUAGAAAUUAAAAAAUGGCCACUUCCGUAUAAACCGAUUUGCAGGUUUUUGGUCUCCAAGCGUAACAAUUACACUGAAUGGCCUGUAGCUGAAUCCCAAACCCUGUGGCACUGGUCUGAGCCCCGGUGCCCGUGUCUUUUUCGAGCACGUAGCCCCUGACCUUUGAGUUGUCAUCGGCUCCCACUGCAUCCACCCAGAUCCUUUCAGAUAAGCUAAUAAUGCUCCUCAGAAAGUCAUGGCUGGGAUCUAGUCAAUAUAGUACAGUGCUAGCUGCUAAAAGCACUUCAUUUUCCACAGCACCCAAAGCCAUGCAUAUAAUCUGCAUGCAAUUGAGAAAAAAUGAAUUGAAAAGGAACAUCUCAAAACUCUGGAAGUGGAGAGAAUGAGCUGGGGGAUGCGGGCAAAAGAGCUGUCUGAAUGGCCCCUGCCAGCAUUAAAUCGGGAAGGCAUUGCACUGUCUACAUGAUGUGCUAACUUGAGCAUUCCAGGGAGGGAGGGAGGUGUGGCCAAGGUCUGUGGUUUCCCAUGGGCUGUGAGGACGCUGAUGCGGCUUCGAGGCAGGUGCUCCGCAUCUCGGGGCUCAGAAGCACCAACUCUGGCCCUGCUGGAGUCCCAGCUCGCCCUCCAGGCUUCCCAGUGGAGCCCUGUUACCCUUCCUGGGCCCCACAGCUUUUCCCCAAGCUGCUGAUGGUGGGGUGGCUUCCCGGCGCUUCCCCUCCCCAAUAUCUUCUCUAAGACCGAGCUCUUGGCCAUAAGAGCUUUAAGCGACAAGCCACCUUGGCCACGCCCCUUUGGCUGGCCUGCCCCGCCCACUGCUGCACCCUGGCCCCCGAGAACGGCUCCGAAAUUGAACAUGGCCCUUGGGAAAAGGCUCCGCAAACUUGCUUUAGGGACUGGCUUGUCCGCUUUCCCUUUUUCUCACAAGAUUGAGUUGCAGGCGCAACCGCUCUCCGCUCAAGUUGCCAGAUGCCAUCCAUCCCUUUGGCACAAAGGAAUCUUUCAGUCAACGUUGGAUUUAGGAAUGCAAAGCCAAAGAGAGAAAGGAAUCAUUUCACAAUUACUUGUGGUUGCGUAUAUGUUUUCACAACAGAUGAUUCACAAUGAAUAACAUAUGUCUGGAAAAUGAUUGAGCAAAAUGCACAAGAAUUGUUUACAAACAAAAGACAUCCAUCCGUAAUAAAGACAAGAAAGAGCA